CCUAAGUUGUGAACGAUUCACUGGGUCACACACUGGAGAGAGAAUAAGUGAGAAAUUUGAGGAGAUAUGUGACAACUUUAAUAUAAAACAUAAACUGGAUUAUAUCAUCUGCGAUAAUGCCUCAAAUAUGAAGAAAGCCUUCACAGUUUGUUUCCCUUCUGCUAAAACUGACAAUGAAGAUGAUGAUGAAGAUGAGCUCGGAAAUAGCUGCAUGUGGGAGGAAGUAAGUGAGGAAUACCAGGAUGAUGUGGAAUCCAUCCAGAGCAGCUGUCGGCAGCAGCGGCUGCAGUGCUUUGCACAUUCAUUGCAGCUUGUUGUAAGAGAUGGGGAGACAAGAACGCUGAACAGUGCAAUGGCAAAAGUGACAAAAUUUUGCAGUUUACUCCAUUCUACUUGUAGACUGAAGGAAGCAUUUGAGGCGGAGUAUGGAGCAAACCAAAGCAUCCCCUCAGCUGUGUCCACACGAUGGAACAGAACUCUUCGCCUUGUGGAGGCAGUCACUGACCUGGAUCCCCAAAGCCUAAACUCUCUCCUGGACGCCCAAGGACAUAAAGGCCUGUGCUUAUCAGCCAAAGAAUGGAGUCAGCUCAAAGAGCUUGUGGACAUUUUAGCCCCAUUUCUGCAAGCAACAGACCUUACACAAGGAGAGAAGGUGGUGACUGUCAGUGCGGCUCUCCCUUGUGUACUCUCACUCAACAGCCACCUCAUCCAUAUGCUGAAUGCAUCUCGUCAUCUGGUUGGCUUAGUGAAAGCACUGCAAAAGUCACUCCAACGCCGUUUCCAGGGGAUGUUUGCAAAUGUCCGAAUGGAUGAAACAGCACAACACCCCGUAGAGCUUCCAUUUGGAGAUAUGGUCUACAUGUUGUCUGCACUUCUAGACCCAUCAUUCUGCCUCUUUUGGCUAGAACAAGAUGUCCUCACAUCAGAUGAAGUCAAGAGUGAGGUGAAGGAGAUGAUGAUAGACCUUCUCUUGGUUGAGGCUCAGAAAGUCACCAUAUCUGAGGGCAGCAGUGGAGAAGAUGAGGAGGAGCCACCAGUACCCGCUAAAACUCCACGGCUUUUCUCUGGCUACCGCAAGAAGAGUACCAAGAAAAAAGCAGACCAUCACACAUCCUGCAAAGAUGAGGUCAUUCGCUACAUCCAGGUGUGCUCUGAAGAAGAAGUUGACUGUAUGGAUUUCUGGCAAAAGCAUGCAAAGAUCUUCCCCAGGCUUUAUCUUGUGUCUAUGAAACUGCUUGCCGUUCCUGCCACCAGUGCACCAGUGGAAAGGGUAUUUAGUCAUGGAGGCCUUAUAAUGCGCCCUCACCGAGCCAGACUUAGUGCAAAGACACUGUCAAGCUUGAUCUUUUUGAAAUGUAACCAUUAUGUUGCUUAAGACUUUUCUAGUUCUUAGGCCACUGAAGGACACCUAUAAGCCAAACAUGUUUUGUGGCCCAUACCUAGUGUAUUAAAGGAAGCAGCUUCAAAUGCAGAAAAAUCUUCAUUUCAAAAAUAAAUAAAAAAGUUUAAGUUUGAUAAGCACAAAUGCUCACCAUGC